GCAAUGUUGUUUCAGAUUUUUCGAUUUAUAGGACACAUAAAACACUGAUCCCUCGGGUUUGGGUGAAAAUACAAACACUCAGGGUCGGGACAAACCUUUGGGCCUUCGGCUCUUGGUCGUCAGUUUGUGCCUCUUCGCCAUGUCCAUCAAACACAUCCGGGAGAGUGUUUUAUCCUUUGAAUAAACAUUAAGUAAAGCAGAGUGUAUGUGCGUUUUUUACGUAAAGCUAGAGCAAAGCAGAAUUAUUCGUGUGUUCUUUCAUGCAGACCAAGAGUAAAACAGAAUCCAACCUGGGUUAUGUUGCGAGGAACUAACUGUUUCACCAAUACGUUCUUCUUGUAUACGUACGUUUGACCAUACCCUGUAUUACAUGGUCCUGCUACUCCUUUUAUCUUUUAUUCAAUGAAAACAUGCCUGCCCACAGCCAUGAUAGAGAUGCAGGCAUCACUAGACAAGCUUCAAACGCAUAAAAGCAUUUAUCCUAGCGUAUUAUGGCUUUGACAGCAUGACCCCCGAUAGCCUACGAAAGUGUUCGGACAGCAAAUUACUGUAAACAUGGCCCAGUGAAGGUCAUGCACCCAUGCGGCGUUCCUUGUCAUCGUUUACGUAUAAAUAACUAUAUGGGCAGUGAUCUAUCAGGUGUGUUUACAAGGGCACGGACGCUGACCACGGCAUGUAUGUUCACAUCGGAUGACCCUAGACACAUGCUUGUUGAGGACUGGGAUACUGUAUAGACAAGGGAAAGCUGAGGGGACUAACUAGGAGGUCGGAGGUACGUAAAGUAAAAGUACCCAGAGAAUACUACACUCGAGCUCUUUAGAUAACCUUUUAAAAAGGUGAUACGCUCCGCAGUGGACUUACCCGCCCUUGGAUGGAUAUAUAAAGUGGUUCCAGCGCCUUGCAUCUUUAAACUGGUUCCACCACCUUGCCUCCAGGAUAGCACACAAGCCUAUGACCCAAACGUAAAGCCAUUUGUACACUGAGGAAUAGUAGCAUUAGAAAUUAUCUUUUCAUCUAUAAAUGAUAGCGUUUGGAAAUACGGUGCGGACACAAUAAGAAUACAAAAGAUGAGGCUUAAUUUUGAUGAUGUUCUGCGGCAUCUGGGGGAGUUUGGACGCUAUCAGAAAGGGGUGUACUUUCUCCUGUGUCUCCCUGGCAUCGCCCAUGGAAUCAGGAUGAUGAUCAGCGUGUUCCUCCUCAACGUUCCAGACCACAGGUGCGCCAUCCCCGGUUACGACAACGACACCUACGAUGUACAGUCGGACAACCACGCGCAUCUGAUCAACGCCACCAUCCCCUACGUCAAAAAGGACGGCAAACUGCAGCUUGACAGCUGUCACAUCUACUUCAACGGUAACAACGGCACCAAUGAUGGCGUCAACCGUACAGUGGUCGGGUGUCAGAAGUGGGUGUACGACAAGUCUGUGUUUGAGUCUACUGUGUCAACGGAGCUCAACUUCGUGUGUGACGACGCCAUACUUGCCACACAUUCUCAGAUGAUAUUCAUGGGAGGCUACUUCUUCGGAGCCUUUGCUGCUGGAGCCCUGGGAGACAAGAUUGGGAGGAAGAAGGCUCUUUAUCUGUGUAUCCUGUUCCUUAUCACUGGCGGCAUCACACUGAACUGGUCCAGCAACUUCGUCACAUUCGUCUUCCUCCGCUUCAUCAACGGCGCCGCUUCAGCCGGGGUCUUCACCACGUGUUUCGUCAUAGGUUUGGAGAUAGUAGGUCCCUCUAAGCGUGUUUGGACCGGGAUAAUGAUCGAGGUGUUCUUCGCCAUCGGCAUGACGAUGUUGUCCGGAGUUGCCUACUUCAUCCGAGACUGGCAUACGCUGGAGCUAGCCAUGUCCAUCCCUGUCGCCUUCUUCCUCAUUUACUGGUGGGUCAUUCCAGAAUCUCCAAGAUGGCUGCUGAACGAGUUCCGGGACCAGGAAGCGGAAGUGAUCAUACGCCGCGCAGCAGCCGUGAACAAAGUCACGUUACCCGAAAAACUGUUUGAGCACCAAGCGUCAGAGCUUGAAAAACAUAAUAACGACAAACUCAAGGGCAGCUUCUUCGAUCUCUUCACCAAUCCAGUCAUGUGUAUACGAACUCUUAUCAUAUUUUUUAACUGGUUGGUGGUCAGCAUGGUGUACUACGGCCUAUCUCUCAACUCAGACAACCUUGGGGCAGGCAGCCUCCACCUCAACUUCCUGCUGGUGGGACUUGUGGAGUUCCCGGCCUAUGCGCUCUCAAUAGGAUUGCUCAACAGACUAGGAAGGAAGAUCAUGCACUGUGCAAUGAUGAUCAUAGGAGGAGUGUCCUGCAUCCUCACCAUCUUCACUAUCCUGUAUGCUGAUCAGUCAAUACAGUGGAUCACCGUCCUCUUCGCUAUGAUAGGGAAGCUUGGGGCAGCAGCUGGCUUUGCCAUCAUCUACGUGUUCUCCUCAGAGCUGUUCCCAACAGCCAUCCGCCACUCCGCCACCGGGGCAAGUUCCUCCUGUGCCCGGGUUGGAGGCAUGAUAGCUCCAUAUAUUGUAGACUGGGGCAAGUUUAUUGGCGGGGACUUCGGCCGCGCCCUGCCACUAAUGGUAUUUGGCAGUCUGUCCGUCCUGGCAGGUCUAUUGGCACUACUCCUGCCGGAAACACUCAACAAAGACCUCCCAGAGACUAUCGAGGAUGGGAUCAAGUUUGGCAGACAACCGGUUCGUCACAGAUCCGCAGAUGACGAAGAAAAGCAACGUGGUCUUCCGUUGCUACCUGGCCACAAAGACACUGAUGAGAACCAAUCACCUAUCUACAGACAGCCAACAGCUCCCGUUCAAACUUGACCUUAACAUUGAAGGACUAUUUGUCUUCUUGUAGUGACAAAUGUGUAUGAGAUGGCCAAUGAAAUCAUCACUCAUUCGUAGUUGUAUCUGUGCAUUUUCAGGUUUCCAUUAGUGAUCAUUUUCAUCCUUCAACCUCUAAAGUGUGAAGAACGCUAUGAAAUGAAAAUAACAGUUUUAUAUGUAUGGGCAGCUUUUCGUACGAUCCAAACUUGAAUGCGUGUAUAUUUUUACAUAAUUCCAACGGAACCAAUCUGAACUACUUCUUAACAACAUAUUUGUAUAACAUGGACCUCCAAUCAUUUGUAAUUGAAAUUUUCAAUCACCAGGUUCAGCAUAUAGGACUUUUGUCACAUACAACAUCGUACCUUUUCAUAAUCUGUCAGUAUCGCAGUGAAAGAUUGUACAGUAUAACAAACACUGUGGACGUUAUUUGUGGUACUAUUAUUGUGGCGUGUUACUACCCAGCUUACUACAGGCAUGACUUGACCCCACGUAAACAUGCAAGGCUUAAAGAAACAUUACACCGUCGAUGUCCUGCUAUUGAUAAAUAGUUCUCAAUGGUAAAGCACAAGAAAAGGCAAUAGACUUUCAUUAUCCACAUUUCAUCUCAUGUAUUUGUAUGCUAUACCUGGGACAAGAUUAUGUUAUAGGUACCAAUUGAAUAUUUCAAGAAGGCAUUUUUUAAUCCAUGUAUGUUUGUCAUUGCAUUCAUCUGUUCAUCGUCCUAUUUCAUUUUCGUAGAACGCAUCGAAGCACUUUAAAUGCAAUACACAUACAGCUAUCUGUUCUAGAAGUAUCUUAGUCGACUAUGUUGGUCGUGUUAUGCUUCUUUAGAAAAUAGAUAGUGCGUUGUUGUUGGAAUUGUUCCAUUUUCAUUGAUAGUCUAUUUACCUCGCAUAUUUGUAAUGAAAUGCAAAGAGAUAUUUUAGCUUCAUAUAUAUGUCGAUAUUUGGCUUCCCAUGUGAUCUUUGAAAGCAAUAAUGUUCCUAAAGAAAGGUUUAUGUUCUUAUUGUUCACUUGUUAGAUCUAGAUAUGUUUUAUAUAUCUGUUGACACUUUGAUUGACAUUUUGAUGGCUAAGUCAAUAUCACACACACACACACGCACGCACACACACACGCACACACACACACACACACACACACACACACACACACACACACACACACACACACACACACACACACACACACACACACACCCACACACGCACACACACAUGCAUAUGAGUGCAAUAAGCUUAGAUGCGACGUUAAACCCCAUUUCACAUCACCUCACCUCCUUUCACGCGGAGUAAUUAGAGGUGAAUAACACAUUCCUAUCAGACACAGCCGCCAUGGCAUCCAUGUUAGUAUCUUUACCACUUUAGCACACUAUGUGUGCUGAGGCACAUCGUCCUCUGUGAGUGAGGUAUGUUCGUGUGUAUAUCCCGUAAUGCCUUAUAGCCUCAUCUGAAACUGUGAAAUAGAUGUGAGAUAAAUAUGUACAAAGACAGCUGAUUUUGUAGUAGUUGUUCGUUGUUUUUGUUGUUUAACGCCGCACUCAGCAAUAUUCCAGCUAUAUGACGGCUGUUGUAGUAUUAGUAUUAGUAUUAGUAGUAUUAGUAUUAGUAUUAGUAGUAGUAGUAGUAGUAGUAGUAGUAGUAGUAGUAGUAGUAGUAGUCAGAUAACAAACUAGGUAACAACAGCAAGCACUACUUCUGGAUGCUCGAACAUCCUAUUCUUUAAAUGAUCUAUAUAAGUCGAAAGACGUCAUAAAGUUUAAACGAUCUUGUCUUUCUGCUCAUUUUCCAGGUACGUUCAUGAUUUUGAAUGAAUGAAUUCUAUAAUGUGUAGACAAUAAAUGCAUGAACAUC